AUGGCUCAUCCUCAGCCACAUUUUGCGGAGGAGGCUGGGUUGGUGCAGUACCAAAGCGUUUCUAAUACAACUUGUGAAAAAACACACUUUAAACUUUCACACGAAGCACAUGAAUGUGCUGAUUCUAUUCCAAAUUCGAAUUUGAUGGUUUGUGCAGUUCAAUAUUUGGAAUAUUCUCACAAUGCAGGGUGUGAAGAUCUGACAAUGAAGUACAAUGAAGAGCAUGUCAAGAGGAAAAGGCUCUUCAACGAGAUUCAGGAAGCUAAAGUAUUGUUUGUUUUGAUAGAAGAUGUGUUUGCGGAUGCUUCACCAAUGACUGGAAGCAAUAGUAGAUUUGUUGGUAGCAAUAGUGUUAAUGAGCAUAGGAGUCCAUCCCAUUGUUGCAACCAGUCCAGCGACACUCCAGGCACUCUGGCGAAGUCGUUUGGCACCUGCUCUAAACCGACAAUCCCUUCCGUCGCUCCACUCCGGCGCUCAACCUCCAGUUGCUCCACUCCGACGUUAUCUCUGGCGUCUCGGCCAGUCCAGUCCGGCGGCGCUACACUCGGCCCCCAUAAGCCCUCAGAAGCUCUCGGCCAGCCCUCAAAAGCUCUUCUCAACACUCCUCAGCUCUCCCUCACAGCCACCAAUCUCACUGAGAUGUCAAACAAUGAUGAAGUUACCUCUCAGACUAUUGGGCCUUACUCAACCCAGCCCAAUGAAGUUAACCCUAACCCCAACUCAGCCCACACUCAGCCCAGUGGGUCUAUGGGCUCUCUUUAUAGCCUUGACAGUGGUUCACUUAAUAUUACAGCCCAUAAACUUGAUGGAAAAAAUUAUUUACAAUGGGCCCAAUCUGUCAAACUUGGCAUUUGUGGUCGUGGUAAACUAGGAUACAUUACUGGUGAUCUCCCUGCACCUCUUUCCAAUGAUCCUACAUACAAGGAGCUCGAUUUGUAUCUGGAUACCACACCACUAUGUGCUAACUGCACUAUAAUCCAGCAGCAGCAAUUAGAGAAAGAACGAGUUUUUGAAUUUCUUACGGGGUUAAACAGUAAUCUUGGUGAAGUUAGAGGUUGUCUGGUGGGUCGUGCCCCAUUUCCUGAAACUGAAGAAGCCUUCUAUGAGGAUCUAUCAUCGGGGAGGAUGAUUGGCAGUGCUAGGAUUCGUAAUGAACUUUAUUUAUUUGAAAGGCAACAUCCAGUUAACGAGUUCUCUUCUCUACUUUGUUUGGGUUCAAGUUUUGUUUCUAAUUCUUGUUCAAAUAUCCAGACUUUCCCUCCUGAACAAGGAAAUCCAACUAUCUCUUCAGAAAAUCCACCAACCUCUCCUAAAAACACUGAACCAGAAGGACAUCCGCAAGACCAAAAUGUACAGAAAGAGAUUCGGGUGUAUUCCAGGAGAGAAAGAAAUAAACAAGUUAUGAAUCCUCAGCACAGUCAAAUGCCCAAUCCGGUGAUGGAACCACUUCCCUCAAAAGAUCCAGGUAUUCUCCCAUCUAACAAAGAGUUAGAUCUAGAUAUUCCUAUUGCAUUGAAGAAAGGAACCAGAUCAUGUACCCAAUACCCCAUUUCAAAGUUCAUUUCUUACUCAAAAUUGUCAUCUCCAUUUAAAGCUUUCACCUCAAAUCUACCAAAUGUUGUGAUUCCCAGGAAUAUCGAAGAAGCACUUGAUUCUCCCCAGUGGAAAGCAGCAGUGCUUGAAGAAAUAAGAGCACCUAAACAUAAUGGAAUGUGGAAAUUAGUGGAGUUACCACCAGACAAGAAGGUAAUAGGGUGCAAAUGGGUGUUCACCAUCAAAUUCAAUGCAAAUGGAUCUAUUGAGAGGUACAAAGCUCGGUUAGUUUCCAAGGGGUUUACUCAAACCUAUGGAAUUGACUACACGGAAACAUUCGCUCUAGUUGCCAAACUCAACACUAUCAAAAAUCUACUCUCACUAGAUGUUAACAUGGAUUGGGAAUUACAUCAACUUGAUGUAAAGAAUACAUUCUUGAAUGGGGAACUUGAAGAAGAAGUGUAUAUGAGUCAGCCUCCGGGAUUUGAAGAAUCUCUCAAGAUAACCACAGUCUGCAAACUGAAAUCACUCUAUGGCUUGAAACAAUCUCCUCGAGCAUGGUUCAAUCGUUUCCUGAAAGUUGUCAAAUGGCUUGGAUACAUACAAGGCCAAACUGAUCACACUCUCUUUGUCAAACACUUAGGAAGUGGAAAAAUUGCAGUACUAAUCGUAUAUGUUGAUGAUAUAAUUAUCACUGGUAAUCACAUUGAGGAGAUAAACUCAAUCAAAGAAAUGUUGGGAAAGGAGUUCGAAGUCAAAGAUCUCGGUGCUCUCAAAUAUUUUCUGGGUAUGGAAUUUGCUAGAAGUAAAAAAGGUAUUUCCGUGUCCUAG